AAGCCAUGAACUCCCGUCGUCAAUUACCAUAUUUCUAAAGCUAAUCGGUGAAGAACAAAUCGUCAAGAAGCGCGCAAAAAUGCUGCACUUAUCAAAAUUCAUUUAUUUGCUGUUUUUGUGGUUUGGUUAUUGCAUUUUGACAAUACAUUGUAUGACCGAUUCCGAUAAACAGUACAACGAUUUUAUUGAAGUAUUGAAAAAGUGCAAAUGUCUACCUUACUAUUUGUGCGAAAAUAUAACAAAUGCAGACGAUUUGGCAACAUCAAGGCAAAUUCAACCUGAACAUAUUCGCUGUAAAGGAUCCUAUAAUCAACAAUUGGUGUGCUGCAAAUUGGAAAAAUACAACAAUCAACAUCCAAAAAAAAAACUUGCGGACAACAACUUACAUUCGUCACUCCUAGAAUUAUGUCGACCGUCGAGGACUUCACCAACAAAGGAGAAUUACCAUGGACGGCGAUAAUUUAUGUGAAGAAUAAUGCAAAUGAAUGGAAAUUCUGCGGCACUGGUGCUUUGAUAAGUCCUCGUGUGAUACUAACAGCUUAUCAUUUAUGUAAUCAUUUCAGGAAGGCCCCGGUCAAAUACAAAGUUGUUAUGACUGGUGAUGCCGUUAGACGUAAAGUAGGCAAAAAUGCAGAAAACCAACGAAACGUAGUCGAAAUAAUUAAGCAUCCUAGCUAUGACUUAGGUUUUGACGCGGCUUUGCUGAUUUUGGAUAGGAAGUUUUCGUCUGAUGCAAUAAAUACCAUUUGCUUGCCUUCUGAUGACACUAACGAGAAUUCAGGUCGAUGCUUGGUGUCUGGUUGGGGUACCACAGCAGAAUUUCAAGGUGUUCCGAUGCUCAAAAAAAUGAAUGUACCCUUAGUCCCCUUCGACAAGUGUCAGGCCUCCUUGAGGAAGACGAUAUUAGGCAAUUAUUUCCAGUUAAACAAUUUUUUCAUAUGCGCCGGAGGCGAGGAUGAAAUGGACGCUUGCAUAGGGGGCGGGGGAAGCGCCCUUAUGUGCCCAACGCCCGACGGAGAUCGUUAUUAUCACGCGGGCAUUGUAUCUUGGGGCGUGCAAUGGGGGAAUAAAGGGAUACCCGGCGUGUACGUCAGCACGAGAAAGAUCAAAGGGUGGAUUACCAUGGAACUGAGCCGCAGAUAUUUGGCCUUUUGAUUACUUUUUUUCACCGGUGAUUAUUCCAAUAUAGUUAUUCUUAGUUUUUAAAUUAGUUUCGUGGAAUAGUAGAAUUUCUUCGUUUAAAGAAUAUAUUUUCUAUUUUUGCAUUUCAUUAAAGUUUUUGUUUUAUGUUCCUUAUCAUCGCAAUUUAUUUCAACUGUGUUAAUAAAAAAAAUUAAUAACACAAAAAGUAUGCAUUUUUGAAAAAAGUUUUUUAGACAAAAGUACCCUAAAAUUUUACGUAUAUUUCGAAAAUAUAUUAAUAUACAGAGUGUUUCAUUUGAAAUAACAAAGUUGAUGUCUACUUCCGGUAUAUCCGGAAGUAAGGAAAAGUUGAAAAUAUUUUCAUUGAAUAGAUCCACUACUUUUCCAGAUACUUCUAAGGCACCAUCGUCGUGACACACACUGUAUGUCGUUUUGCUUUACAUUGUAUUAAAUUGUGAUAUUUUUAAUAUUAUUAGUGGUUAAAAUAAUAUUUUUAUCAGUGUGGAAAAACCACCAUUUUUUUGUUACAAAAUGAUGCUCUAAAUAUAAAUUAA